AGUUAAUGCAGACUGAAGUGCAUCAUGUCAGAACCCUGAAGAUCAUGUUGAAAGUCUAUUCAAAAGCGCUGAAGGAAGAGAUGCAGUUCAGUAGCAGAGUCCUCAACCGCAUCUUCCCGUGUGUGGAUGACUUGCUGGAGAUGCACGGGCAGUUCUUACACCGCUUAAAGGAGCGACGCAGAGAAUCCUUGGCAGAAGGGAGUGAUCAGAAUUAUGUGAUCCAGAAAAUUGGAGACCUCUUGGUGCAACAGUUUUCAGGUGAAAAUGGAGAAAGAAUGAAAGAAAAAUAUGGCAUCUUUUGUUGUGGUCACAACGAAGCCGUCAGUCACUAUAAGGAACUGCUCCAGCAAAACAAGAAAUUCCAAAACAUGAUAAAGAAAAUUGGCAACUUCUCCAUUGUGAGGCGGCUUGGUGUUCAGGAGUGCAUUCUUCUCGUUACUCAGCGCAUUACCAAGUACCCGGUGCUGGUGGAGCGCAUCAUUCAGAAUACUGAAGCUGGUACUGAAGAUUAUGAAGACUUGAACCAGGCUCUCGGCCUAAUAAAAGACAUCAUCACACAAGUUGAUGCCAAAGUGAAUGAAUGUGAGAAGGGGCAGCGUCUCAAAGAGAUUGUUGGCAAGAUGGACCUCAAGUCCUCUGGCAAGCUCAAAAAUGGGCUGACCUUCCGGAAGGAGGGUAUGCUCCAUAGGCAGCUCCAUCUUGAUGGAAUGCUGUGCUGGAAAACUGCAUCAGGGCGUCUGAAAGAAGUCCUUGCUGUCCUGUUGACUGAUGUACUUUUGCUGCUACAAGAAAAGGACCAAAAAUAUGUCUUUGCAUCUGUGGACUCAAAGCCACCUGUUAUUUCAUUACAAAAGCUAAUUGUGAGGGAGGUAGCAAAUGAGGAAAAAGCAAUGUUUCUGAUCAGUGCCUCGCUGCAAGGACCAGAAAUGUAUGAAAUUUAUACCUGCUCCAAAGAAGAGAGAAAUUCAUGGAUGACCCAGAUUCGCAGAGCUGUGGAAAGUUGCCCCGAUGGGGAGGAAGAGCCGUUCAGUGAGGCCGAAGAAGAGAGAAAAAUGGCUGAAGCCCGAGCUGUAAAAUUAAAAGAAUUCCAAGAGCGUUUAAGCAAGAAAGAUGAGCUGAUUGCUCAAAGUCUCAAUGAGAAACAGCAGAUUUAUUUGGAAAUGUCUGAGAUUAACAGCUUCGAAGAUCUUCCUCCUGGUUCGCAGUCCAGAUUCUUUUUCCGAGGGGGAGAACCCUCAGAGAACCUGCAAGGCGAUAUGAUUCUGAAGUCGGCAAUAUCUGAAGUUGAGACUAUUCAGAACCUGAUCUACAAACAGCUGGGGAGCGUCAGCUGUCAAGGUGACGAUGGCGGCAGUGGGGAUGAUCCCUCGUCACCCCGGAGAGGAGAGACCUCUGGGGGCUAUGACAGCAGCACAAACCCAAAUAAAAAUGCGAGUUUUAAGAAAAAGGUCUGCAAUAGUGAUGCCUGGUUUAAAGACCGGAGAAAUCCUUUUACCAGCUCAGACUCGCAGCUUGGUGACCUUUCAGGAGAUUCUGAAGAAGGAUCACAGACAAACGAGGUUACCCGAGUGGAUUGGAACAACAGCUCACCAGGCAUGAUGGAGCCUGAGCUUGUACAGACAACACAGACAUUAUCCCAGUUGCUUCUCAACCUUCAGGCAGUGAUUGCUGAGCAGGACAGCUACAUUGAAAUGCAGAUGGCCAUGGUUCUGGAAGAAAAGCAAUACAGACUGCAGUCAACACGUGGAAACUUCCUGUUAGAACAGGAGAAAGAGAGGGACUUUGAGAAGCAGAGAGAAGAGCUGGCCAAUGUACAGAAACUCCAGAACCAGCUUCAACAGGAACAGCAGCGCUGGGAGCGAGAGCGCAGCCGGCAGCAGAAAGAGCUGGAGCACAUGGAGGCCCGGCUGCGGGAGCGAGAGAAUGAGUCCCAGCAGCUGCGGGAGCAGUUGACCCAGGACAAAGAGGAGCUGGAACGGCAGCGGGAGGCCUACCAGCAUGACCUGGAGAGGCUUCGUGAGUCCCAGCGAGCUGUGGAGAAGGAAAAGGAGCGGCUCGCUUCUAAAAAAUGGAAGAAACAGAAUACUGUGCCUGGCUCAUUACCUUCCGAAGGGGCAGAGGGCCACGCCCUGAGCACCUCCUCUAGUUUCAAUGGUGAAGGCCUCGAGGGGGCCGUGCAGCUAGCCAAGUCCUUAGGGAGGACCAGCACCCUGUUGUCCAGCUCUGAUCACGCGGAGCGUCCAGACGUGGCUCGUCGCGACAGCACAGCGGCAGAGGGCCGCCCGGUGAAGAGCGACGUGCCCAUUCAGCUUCUGAGCGCCACCAGCCAGAUCCAGAAGCAAGCCUCUGUCCAGCAGCAGAUCCCCACCAAGCUGGCAGUGCUUACCAAAGGCAGCAAGGAGAAGGGAGGGAAGAGCAGAGCCUCCCAGCGGUCUGACAGCUCCACCUCCUUUGACCUAAAACAGCAGCUGAUGAUCAACAAGUUUAUGGGCAAAGAAGAAAACACUAUAAAAACCCACCAGGCCCCGAGUCCUGUCCUGACAAGCCAGAGUGUUAUCGUACCUCCGGAGGCAUGUUUCCCAGCAGACAUCCCGCCAUCGGAGAUCUCUCCUCUCGGCCCAGGAAAUGCAUUCAGGCCAAACAGCACUCCCAUCCUCUCCCCCCCAGCCCACCUACCCACGCGACACCCCUCUGAAGACGAAGCCAAUAAGGAAGAUGUGAUCUUUUUCUGAACUUCUGUAGUCUAGGGUGCACCCGAGGCCAUCCUCUGGGAAAGGAUCUCCAUGGAGACAACAGAGCAACAGAGCCCCAGUGCUGGCUGGCAUCUCCCGUCAUCUCCACAGGGACAUCUGCUUCAGAUGAAGCCAGGUUUUCAGUGUUCACCGGGAGCUCCAGAGGGCUCAUUGUGACAGCAUUGGCACUCGUUUUUCUGUUUUUCAGGCAUAACCACUAUGGACUUGAACAUGGCCUGGGCGUAUCAAUUCCAAAUCUAUGGAUGGGUUGCCAUCCACCAUAACAUGCUCUUUUUGGUGAAUUUACAGUGAUUCUUGGUUAAGUUUUUAAUCUCUUUUUUAGAAAAAGUUUCAAUUGGAAGUUGAACCAUAAAUGAACUAAGGAUCUGUUCUAAAUAAUAGGACACCAUUUGGGUAAGAGAAAUCUAUUUUCAAUCUGUUUUUACAGAGCUGUGGCCAGUAGUUGCAGUUUCAGAAAGCAGCUAGGUGACAAGCCAGCAAACCAGCUAUCCUAGGGUCCUGGGCUUCUCUGUGCUAUGCAUGAGCUGGAAGGGUGGACCUAGAGCUGGAGUGUAUUGGGCCCUUAAAGCUAUUAACGUGGUUUCAAGGCCCCAGAGGCGAACUUAGGGAAUAUAUCCGUUCUGGGGGAGGUGAUCCUAGCAGCCCACCUUCUUGGCUGUCCCAGGUUGGCAGCAGUCAGUACUGUCCGUCUUCAGAAAAGGCGCCUUAAGCUCGUCUCCACUUCUGAGGCUUUGCUGGGUGUGAUACAGAUUCCCAAAGCAAAUCAUGUUGGUUCAUAGUGAACCCAGGAUUGGGAUGUUUUCCUGAUCAUUGAUGAAGAUGCUAAAUCUAAAAAAAUUUAGCAAAAUUGAGAGUGCAAUAAGUUACUGUCUUCUGGAAUCCUUUGUCUUCUAGAUUGUUACAGUGGAUGCCCUACUAGCGGGGGCCUUUCUUAUCACACAGGCAGAAUGUUGAAGUGCUGGUGUCUCCACCAAUCGGCAGCUGGCCGGAAGGCAGCAGCAUAUCGAGAAUGAAGGGAAUGUGGGCCCAUGUAACGAAAUGGAGUUUUUGUUGGCAAACUGUUGGGUUAUUACUUUAAAACCUCCUCAUUCUGAAAUUGACAUGGUGAAGAAAAUGAACUUGGUUGUCGAGGGGGCAGCGCGUGGUUAUGGCAGCUUGGUGCAUGGUUCCAUGUGUAGGCCCAGGCCUUGCGGGGGCUCACAGCUCCUCUGAUUAUCAUGGACCCCACCCAAGGUUAACGUGUUUCUCUAAAGCAGAUGAGUUCUCUUGGGGUUUGCCUGGGGCAGCCAGGCUUAGUGUUGUACGUGGAUGUAUAGAAGCCGCGGGCCCUGAAUGGUCACACAGAGCCUUCAAGGAAGUCAAGUCAUUUUCACAGAGCAGUCUGGGAAAACGCCCUGCUCGCAGGCCAGGAAGCUGCUUAGUGACAGCAGCCUGUUCUCCUAUGUGUACCCCAGUCUCCCCAUCGCCCUGAAAAGCAGAGUGUGUCAGUUCUACGUUGGGCUGAUUGCCCUCAGGAAGUGACCAAGCUGGUUCCUGAAAUGGGGACAAACACAUUUUUUAAAAAAGUAUUCGUCUUAGAAUAUUGUCAUAGAGAUUGAGUGUUUAGUAACUGUUGAACAAAGUGGUGGUAAGCGAAGAAACAUUUUGUGUUGAUUUUCAGUGGUUAAGGAGCCAAGUCUGUUGGUUCAGUUAGAGUUGCAUGUAACCAAUAAAUCUGGAAUGAUGUACAUAUCUCUCAUCUGUCCAGUAAUUAGAAAAGAGGGUGGCAAAUUAUUUGAAGUUUCCUGUAGAAAGAAUCAUCUGCAGUAGUCAGAUACCAGAAAAAAACAGGGUUAGUGACAAGCACAAAACAGAUUCUAUUGGAAAAAGCGAUCUACAGUAAAAUUUUGUUGGUGUAAAGUUUCCCCCUCUUUUCUCCCCUCUGUAUGAAGGUAGUUUCAUAGUUUUAGAACUGGAAGUAAGCAGGGAAGUCAUCUAGCCCAAUAAUAUCACCAAUGAGGAAACUGAGACCAACACUGGGAAUAAAUAGCAGUCUAUAUUCAAACCUGUCGGACAUUUGGGAAAAAAAUACCCUUAAAAUCAUAAUAGUAGGGAGGUGGCUAGACGUAAUUUCUCACCACUUCCAUCCACAAUCGUGUUCCAACUUUGGCCAAACUCUGGACUUUCAUGCCUUGUGCUAUUAUUAACACAUGCUGACAGAGAAGUCGCCCC